AGUCAAACACCGCAGAAUUGAAGGAAACCCUAACUCAAAUAAGAGAUGCCGUGCGCAGUAGUUCGUUCGCCGGUGUUCUCGCCAUCGCCGGUGUUCUCGCCAUCGCCGGUGUUCAGCAAAUCAACUGCUUCAUCUCCGAUCAGCAGGAACCUUUAUGUUUCCUCAUCAUUGUCACCGUCCAACUCGUCGUCGGUGUCGCCUUUACGCUCGUUGACUCUCCGACUUCCCACCCAGACGCGCAAUUUUAUUCGGAACAAAAUUAAUGAAGAUCCAUCUUGCUCAACCUCGUCUACAACCCCUACACCGGUUUUGAAGAGAAAGAGGCCGGCGAAAAUCAAUAUUCCGAUAUUGCCGUUGAAUUUCGAACCAUGUGUUCAGACUCCGAGGGGUGAUGAUAGAAUGGAAGAGGUUGAGGUUGAAGGAGAAGGGUACUCCGUGUACUGCAAAAGAGGAAAAAGGGGUGUUAUGGAGGAUAGGUAUUCGGCCAUCGUUGAUCACCAAGACUCUAAACAGGUUUUUUUUGCCAUAUUUGAUGGGCAUGGAGGAGCUGCAGCCGCAGAGUUUUCAGCAAGAAACAUGGGUAGGAAUAUUAUGAAUGAGGUUUCUGCUCGGAGUGAAGAACUUGAAAAGGCUGUGAAAGAGGGUUACCUCACAACUGAUGAUGAAUUUCUAAAGCAAAAUAUCAGGGGCGGAGCUAGCUGUGUGACGGCAUUGAUUCACGAAAACAAACUUAUUGUCUCAAAUGCGGGUGACUGUCGCGCUGUUAUGAGCCGAGGUGGGGUUGCAGAGGCCCUAACAGUUGAUCACCGGCCCUCAAGGGAAAGUGAAAGAGAAAGAGUUGAAGCACUGGGUGGCUAUGUAGAUUGCCUGCGUGGUGUAUGGAGGAUUCAGGGAUCCCUUGCUGUGUCACGAGGAAUAGGAGACUCUGAAUUGAAGAGAUGGGUAAUUGCAGAUCCAGAAACAACAACAACAAUAUUAUCUGACCCUGAGCUUGAAUUCUUAAUCCUGGCUUCUGAUGGAGUAUGGGACAAGGUUAGUAAUCAGGAGGCAGUUGAUGCUGUCCGAUCUAUGUGCAUCGGUGUCGACAAUCCUAACCCACUCUCUGCCUGCAAAGAGAUAGUUAACAUGGCCCUGACAAGAGGCUCCUUUGAUGACAUAAGUGCAAUGGUCAUCCAUCUUAGCCAUUUUGUUCAGUGAUCUAGACUCCUUUUAGUAGCCAUAGUAGAG